AUGCGAAAUCUGAGGCCGCCUCGGCAUGUGGGAUUUACCGGUAACUGCCCGCGGUCUGCUUACCACAGACACCAUGCUUAUGGGGAAGGCUGUAUAAAAAUACAUGUUUCCAUUGGAAUUUCUGCCCCUGUAUUGGAGAAGAGAAGUUUACUUGCUGUGUCCUGGGUGAAUUCUGAUACACGUACGACUCGUGGUGAGGAACCAACAGGAGUAUCAAGGGGAAGAAUCCUUGGCCUCAUCUGUACCAUUGGAGCUUCUGCAUUGUACUCUCUUCUGCUUUCCCUCAUGCAGCUUUCUUUCCAAAAGGUUUUAAAAAGGGAAACGUUUUCUGUGGUUUUGGAGAUGCAAAUCUAUACAGCCCUGGUUGCUAGUUUUGCUGCAACUGUAGGUCUUUUUGCGAGUGGAGAAUGGAGGAGUUUACAUGGGGAAAUGGUAAACUAUGGCAAGGGACGAGUUUCUUACGUGAUGACCUUAGUUUGGACAGCUGUGGCUUGGCAAGUUUGUUCUGUUGGUGUUGUAGGCUUAAUUUUCGUGGUGUCUUCUCUCUUCUCCAAUGUAAUUAGUACUCUCUCUUUGGCUGUUACUCCUAUAGCCGCUGUGAUAAUCCUCCAUGACAAGAUGAACGGUGUCAAGGUAAUUGCUAUGCUUCUGGCUCUUUGGGGUUUCGCCUCUUAUGUUUAUCAGAACUAUCUUGAUGACUCUAAAGCAAGAAGAAGACAAGCUGAUGCUAGGGAACCACAAAAUGAUUCCUCUAUUUAAAGUUUUGUUCAUAUCAGUGACGUUUUUAGUAUUCGAUCAAUGCCAUUCUCACAUUUAAGCAUAUUGUUUAUA